UUGGAUGUGACGUUGGAUUUGGUCUUGUAUGGACAUGAUGAUGGAAUCUGAGCUGAAGGAAGAACUGGAGAGGAGCACUGACAUCUAAAACUGGUGGACCUGUGUGAUCCCACACAACCUGGUUCUCUCCCAAACCCACACAUACACACAAACACAGCAAGACAGAUGUGUGGCAACACAGACAAAGGGACGUUGCACUACGAGGGACUAAAGAGACACCAGCACGGGUACAGAUACAGUCCCUGCUUCUAUGAUCCAGUGAAGAUGUCCUCUCUGCUGCUGAUGGUGAUUUUGGCAACAGCAAUGACUGUAGAUGCUGCCAGCUCUAAAAAAACAAUGGCAACACCGAAACCUAAGCCAGAAAUUACUAAGAAGUGUUUUGUGGAUUCUGUAGCUCUCAGUCACCAGUUCGAGUCCUCAGAUUCCAUGUUGCAGCUUGUAAAUGCAUCUUGCAGCUUCUCUCAGGCUCUCGAUUACUGCCAGAGUCACUUCAGCUCCCUCACCGUUCUGGCUCAGCCUGAGGAUGAAGAGGGUACAAAGGAGCUCCUCGCUCAGGCUGCCAUUCAUCAACCAGUGUGGGUCAGAAUCGAUAAUAAACUGAACACCAAGUCCACACAGAGUGCUUCUGAACACAAUGUUAUUCUCUCAGGUUUGUCCUUUCCUGCUAAAUCACAAGAUGGCUAUGCUCGAAUGGAGACCUCGUUUCCUCCUCUUUCGGCCGUAACGGUGUGCCUGCAUGCUCAGUUCGGCCGGCAUCAUGAGGAUGUGGCCACUCUGUUCUCAUACGCCGCACCCAAGUUAACGAACGAAUUCCAGCUGCGUGGACGUGUGGACAAAGUCAAGCAGCAGAUCCAUUUGGCCCUUAUCAUUCAUGGAAAGCACCACUCUUAUAAAGCUUGGUUUCCAAACAGUGGCAGCUGGCAUCAGAUUUGCGUCACUUGGCAGAAAAGCGAUGGGCAUUGGGUCAUAUAUGUGGACGGCGAACAACGUGAUUCAUCAUCUGAUUCAGGCUCAUCCAGGGAUAUUUAUGGAAGUGGGAUUUUUAUUCUGGGACAAGAUCAAGAUUCCUUCGGUGGAAAUUUUACAGAACCGUUCGUUGGUAACAUAACGGAGUUUAAUAUUUGGGACGUGUGGUUGAACCAGACGCAGAUUCAAAUGCUUUCCAUCUGUUCACCUGGGAUGAAUCUUAAGCCAUUUUUUAGCUGGCAAGAGCGCAAUCUGACCCUGCACACUGUGGUGAAGGAGAUAGCCUUAAUAAUGAACUGCCCAGGUUUACAGAAGCAGAAUAAAAUACAGCAGGAUAAAUGCAAAGUUCUACAAGAGUUUAAUUAUGGUGCACCACGAUACAGGGCAGAACCAUGCUCAGAAACGUUCCUCUUCAUCUGCAAAACCAGCAAAGACCGUUAUCUGAAGAAGAAAGAGCUGGAGAAAUCUCUCGUAGAUCAGCCAAGCCCUUUCAUGAAGCACCUACUUCAACAUGGCAUGAACACCAGUGAUGUCUUCGGAGCGCCGGGUGCAAAUAAAACCUGGACAUCUGUCCUGCAUCUGCUUAAUGUUUCCGAGCAUUACGUACACAAGUCCAAGGGCCAGCUGGAGGACAGGGACUUGCCGUCCCUGGUGCAGAUGCUGUCUCGUGCUGCUGAUCUGCCUGCAACGGGCAACCAGAGCAACAUGAUGGCACACAAACUAAGUCACAGCUUUAUUGGCCUGGCGGAUACUCUUAUCAGCCAGGAGAACACUAAGAAAUGGCAGAACAUCAGCGAGAUUGUUAGUGGACCAAUGGCUGUGGUGCAGACCAUCGAUCGCAUGGCAUCCAACCUCAGUCCCCUGCUCCUGGAGGACACAGACCAUGUCCAAAUCCACAGCAACAAUAUCAGCUUGCAGGUCCAUCAGACGGUUGUGUCAGAAAGUUCUCAGGGAUCUGACUUUUGUGUUUCUGGUGAAGCCAAUCAGACAAGUUUGGACUGCAUUUCUGUCCCAGCUCAAAGCAUGCAAGAGCUCCAUAACAAGGGUUUUUCAAAAGUGACUCUGUUGAAUGCAUGGUAUGGCUCCUUGACUCCGCUUUUAAACGAGAGGGAAAACAUUACAUUGUUUCCCACCAUUACCGACAGCUCCCACAGGUAUAUGGGGACAGUUCUGGGCUCAUCAUUGAUCUCCAGUGCAGUGAUUGGUGAUGGACAGCUUGUCCGCCUGGGUGUUCAAUUCACCCUCCGCCAUCAAAUCAAGAGCACUUUGGGGAACGUUCAAAAGCCAGUCUGUGCCUUUUGGGAUUUCAAUCUCAUGCCAGAAAAUGGAGGAACGUGGUCCACUGAUGGCUGUGUGGUCACUUCCUCUGAACAAGACUCUACUUCCUGUUACUGUAACCACACCACCAAUUUUGCGCUGCUUCUACAGAUUUAUGAUGUUCAGCGUACAGUAGAGGAUGACAGAGGUUUGCAGAUUCUUAGUUUUAUCGGCUGUGGAGUGUCGUUGUGUGGGCUGAUCUUCACAUUUAUCCUCUUCAUUGCUGUCGGUGUCCCAAAGUCAGAUCGGACCACGGUGCAUAAGAAUCUGAUAGUGGCUUUAGCUGUUGCUCAGUUCCUGCUAAUCUCCAGCUAUUGGGCCUCUGAAAACCAGGACCUGUGUUUGGUGGUCACAGCUCUUCUUCACCUGUUCUUCCUCUCAUCUUUCUGCUGGAUGUUGGUGGAGGGGUUGCUGCUCUGGAGUAAAGUUGUCUCUGUCAACAUCAGUGAGGACCGCAGGAUGAGAUUCUACUACGCCCUCGGCUGGGGUUUGCCGAUCAUCAUUGUCUCUGUAACCUUGACAGUGUCGCUAAAAAAGUACAAGGCGGAGCAGCACUGCUGGCUCAACACUGACUCUGAUAUUAUUUGGGCUUUUGUGGGGCCUGUGCUGUUCGUUCUAACAGUUAAUGCCGUGGUCCUGUGUCGGGUCAUCAUGGUGACCGUCUCUAGUGCACGGCGGCGGGCGAAAAUGCUGGCACCAAGCUCGGACACCAAAGCCCGUCCUCUGGAUCUGACCUGGGCAGCGACACGUCCCGUGUUUAUUCUGAUGCCGGUUCUGGGUCUCACAUGGCUGUGUGGGAUCUUGGUGCAUCUGUCUGUGGUUCUGGCUUAUCUCUUCAUUGCACUUAAUGCAUUCCAGGGCUUGUACAUCUUUUUGGUGUAUGCUGUUUACAACAGUGAGGUGCAGAACGCCAUAAAGAGAAUUCAGGAAAAGAGAAAAGCUUUGUCAUUUACUAAUUGUUCUCAGCCGGUCAGCUUCAUGCCAUCUCAGAGGACUCACGGUGGAUCAUGGGCAGAAAGCUUGCCAACCCCUUCGAGUCCAGAGAGCAGCAGCUCCAGCUACAUCACCAACUCCACGGCGAGCUCCCUCGUCAUUAAGAAUGAAAGCUUCAGAAACGACAACUUUGUGACUUUUUCAUUAAAGCCAUCUGGAAGAAAUUCUGUGGUUCAGUUAACAUCCUUCAAACCCUCAGCCUGUUGAAAAGGACACUGGAGAAAUACCCCUGCUUCUCACCCCCUGAAAUCCUGCACACACACACACAUACGUACAAACACACACACACACACACAGGUGGAGAAGACUGUUCCUCCCCCGCGGUGCAGCAGUCCUUCUCAUUCCCAGGGUUUCAGUAAGACAGCAGCACCAUGUGUUGGUGAUAAAGACGGUAAAACGAAGGGGAGUUUCUCCUCUCAGCUCGUACCUUUGCUGAACUCAACUCGCGCUACUAAAUACGCACUGUGUGUUACACUCGGACCAGACAGCCCUCGGUUGUCAGUGAGUAAACUGUGUGGAUGUAAUGCUAGGUCAUGUAGAGCCAGUCUGUUCAGUGGAGAAAUCAUCAUUAUAAGAACUGUACAGUAUGUGCAGAGGUUCUUUUAGUCUAUAGUAAGUGCCAGCAUUAAUAUCUGCUUAAAUAAGAUCCUGAAAUAAAAACAGGACUGUAUUUAAGUGAAAUGUAGUGGCCUAAAAUGUGUGUUAGUAUUCCGAAAACAAAUAUUUUUGGCCAUUUUUGCCUGUAUGAUACACUUAUAUAACCAAACUAUGUGGACACCGCUUCUUAUUUUAGCCACACCCUUUGCUAACAAGUAAAUAAAAUCAAGUUUUAAAUUAUCAUAAGCUUUGCAGCAAGAGUUUGGGGAAGGCUCUUUACUGUUUCAGUCUGUGAGGUUCAUAAAGAGAUACGUUUACAAAUUUCAUGUGAUGUAAAUCCAGUGGCCUGCACAGAGCCCUGACCUCAAAUCAACUGAAUAUUUUUAGGAGGAACUGGAACAUUGAUUGUGAGCCAGGCCUUCUCGUCCUUACAGAUGCUCUUUUUACUAAACAGACACAUUUACAUUUUCAGCAUUUUGCAGACCAAAGUGACAUACAGUUGUGACAGUAUACAUUCUAAGCAAUUGAGGGUUAAUGGCCCUGCUCAAGGUGACAGUGGUGGGGCUCCAAAAUCGAAGAAUGUAGACUGAUAUACAGUAGUUGCAAAGGGAGGGAGCAAUUAUAUUUAUGUCCAUAUUAUUGGUCCAAGAAGCUCAUGGUCAUGUGUCCACAUACUUUCAUUCAAAUAGUGUAUAUGCAAAUAAUAAGAUCUAAUUGUACAAUAUUUGUUCUCCGUUUAAUAGUAAAUUAUGUACAUUUAUGUGGAAAAAUGAUCAAUAAUUGCUCUGACAACAACAAUAAAACACUUUGUUUCGCAUCUGGAUUUGAAUCUUUUUAGAACAUGGCAUCACAUGCUGAUUAUUGAGACCUUCUGACCUGCUUCACAUUGCCAGACAGAUUCUAUUUAAGUAGUACAUUCGACAGGUUUGGCAGUAAUUAUGUGUGGGUGUGGGUGGUGAAACUGGACCCAAGUGUCAAUUGAAUUUGGUUAACCGAUUGAUUUAGUAGUUAAGAGAGCAAUUACCUGUCACAUAGGGCCAGGUAGGGUUGAACAGAAUUUUUUUCUUCAAUAAAUAAAACCAUUGUUUUAAAAAUGC